AUGAACGUCCUCGCCUCGCCAGCGAAUCCGCUCAAGACAGGCCUCCAAAACGGCCACACCUCGGCCACGGAGCCAAUAGAUCAAGAUGCGGCGCCUCAGCAGGAUCUGUGGUCCAGCAUCCUCAACAGCGUCAAGAGCUCCAAGGCCAUCUCCACGAAGAACGUAGUGCUUCUGGGCGAGCCCGCGUCCGGAAAGUCGUCGCUCCUCACCGCACUCGCCUCCACCUCCCCCUCGGGUCUCGUCAGCGGCCGCUCUUCCUACGCCCAAGACGCGCCCAGCACUACUGCUGUCGAUGACAAGACGACCGCGGCAGCGGCUUCGAGGAGCACCUCCCGUAGCGUCGAUCUCGGGCUCGCCUACGCCUACUUUGAUGUGCCAGACGAGAAGGAUAGAGACGAGACCGUGGCUCGUGUGGGCGCUUACACGAUCCACUCGUCGCAUGCUGCGUACACAUCUCUGCUGCCCUAUGCGUUUCCAGAGUCCAACCUCAGUUCGACCGAGCAAGACACCGCUGCUGCAAUGGCGACGCUUGCUUCCGCUACUAUCUCGUCCUCGGCCACACGCCCAGCUUCGUCCCCUGACCCGAACCGUGGGCCAUUGGGCAAGGCAUCCAUCGAUUCUCUCCGCGACUCGCUUGUCGUUAUCGUGCUCGACUGGGAGCAGCCAUGGACUUUUCUGGAGCAGCUGCGCAACUGGAUCAGCAUCCUGCGCGAGCUCAUCGAUCGCGCCUCGGACGGCGCGCUCUCGUCGCAACAGCAGCGAGAUGCAAAGUGGAGCAAGACGCGUGUGGCGCUCGACGAGAUGAGGGAGCGUCUCGAGGCGUACAUUCGCGCGUACGUCGAGCCUGCGCCCAAGCCGGUCGACGCAGGCGCUGGUGCGGAUGCAAGCGCGCUCGGUGCCGCCUCGGAACAAGACGCAUCGGCGGAGGCAUCGGCUUUGGCGCCACCCAUCACCACGGUCAACGUUCAGCUCGAGGGUGGGGACGACAAUCCACUCACCGACGGCAUGCUGACCGACAAUCUCGGCAUUCCGAUCGUGGUGGUGUGCACCAAGGCGGAUGCGAUUGCGCGGCUCGAGCGCGACAGCGAGUUCAAAGACGAGCAGUUCGACUACAUCCAGCAGGUGCUGCGCACCGUGUGCAUGAAGUACGGCGCAGCGCUCUUCUACACGUCGUCGAUGCGCGCGCAGUCGAUCGACAUCCUGCGUUCCUACCUCCUCCACCGACUCUUUACGCCGUCGCACCAACACCAGCAGCAGACGGGCACGAGCGCAUCCGCUUCAGCCGGUGGUGUGGCGAAUGGGGCUGCGGCGGGGGGUGCGGCGGCGUUUGGCUUUGCGUACCGCGCGUCGACGACGGAUCGAGAUACGCUGCUUGUGCCUGCGGGCUGGGAUAGCUGGGGCAAGAUCCGUGCGCUGCGCGAGCCCUUUGACUGCCAAAGCUUGGGCAAGGGGUGGGAGAGCGAUUGCGAGAUCGAGCGUCAACGUCGCGCGCGCGGUCUGGCACGCACCAAGGAAGUCGAAGAUCAACUCGAGAAGGAACUGCAGUUGGAGCGUCGCGAUGGGGAGGAGGUUCAGUCGGCCAUGAAGCUGUACGAGGACAUUGUGUCCGACUGGCAAGCAGGACCUGCGGGCAAAGAUACGGUCAACAGGGUGCGGAUUCCUGACGAGCAGGCGUUUUUGGGUGGCCACCACGCAACGCUUCAAAAGGACCCCGAUCCGAGGGCGAAGCUCAGCAAGCGCGGAGUCGUUGGUCCGAUGACAGGCGCGAGUGCUGCGCUGCCCUCGGUGGAAAAGUACAUGGCGAGGGAGAGCAAGGAGCCAACAGAGGCAAAGCCGAGAAUCGAACCGGUUCGGCGCGAAAGCACUUCGGCUGCAGCCGCUGCGGCCGUAGCAGCCAUGACGGGCGAGAGAAGCAGACCCGCAAGUCCAGCAAUGAGCCCCAGCGCGGCAUCGCCAGGUGCACCAAAGCAGAGCGAAGUGCUCCACAGCUUCUUCCAGUCCUUGCUCAAGGAUAAAGGCUCGGGAGUGGGAUCGCCCAAGCCAGAUAGGCUUAAUAGAGCUAGCUCGCGACGAGAUCCACCUCCGCAAAAGUAG